UGGAUCUCUAAUCAGCGGCAGCCUGGAGGUCACAGCAGCUGAGUGAACCUUUUAAACAUGUGAAUGUGAGUUUCUGAGCGGCGACCAAUGAGCGUUUGAAGCGUCCUCUACGUCAUGACGUGAGGAAACGACCCAUUCUUUUAACUUUCACUUUCUCUUGACUGUAAAUUGUGAGUUUCAUUUUUACCACCGUAGAAUAAGGCGGACGUACGAUCUACACUACUUUUAUUUUGGUUAAAUAAUUGACGGCUAACUUGAGUAAUAGCUGUUUUCUUAUUAAAGUCGAUCAGCUCAAAGGUGAAGUCAUGUCAGUUUUACUACAGAAAAUAAGGCGCACCAACCCAUCAGUAGCCAAGGCAUUAGAAGACGCAGAUUUACGCACUGACCUGGAUAUCCAGUCACUGACUCGAGAAGAACUGACUGAGCUGCUUCCUGGAUCUAAGAACUUCAAACUGAGAAGGAGCAUCUUCGAAAUAAUACAUGAACAGAGGCCAGCUGAUGAGCUCAUAAAUGAACUGAAAGCUUUCAUCCCACGUGAAUCUUUCAGAGCUGCUCUAACUAACAAUGGGGUCUUGGUUGAUUACCUCCGUAUCCUGAAGGACAUGAAGACCCAGAUGAAUAAUGUCCAGGGUUUCCUUGAUGCUCACAUUGGUCUUCUGGAAGAAUUAAGCACAGAUCAGCCAGAUCAGGAACCUAACAAAGUAGUGUAAUGCCCGGAAAUGCCCUGGGUGUGGUCCCUGAAAGUGGCAGGACUGGUAAUACUCCUGUUAGACAUGGCAGCAAGAACAAGGCUUCUGAAGGGGGUGGCAGUGUUUUUGGUUAUUUCUUAGGGCGUAAGUAGAGUUGGCAGUAUUGGGGUUGGUCAUGAUGGUAUUAUUCCAGCUCACAUUACAAGUAAAACAAUAUGUAAUAGAUCACAUCAAAAGCAAAAGAAAGUAGCAAAAUUGAUCAGUUUACAUUGUUUACUGUUUGCAGAAAACAUUUUAUUCUGGUUGGUAAAUUUAGAUCAGCUGCCAAAAGUGGUCUUCAUGUUAAAGAUGGGCACACAUAGCUAAUUACCACAGAGUUCUGCACACUUACCAACUAUUGAAUUUCUAAAGCUAUAUCAUAUAACGUGUGUUUUCUAUUCAAAACCUCUUAAAAAAGUCAGACUUUAUCGAUAACAGAAAAAAAAAUUAAUUGAGCAUUUGAUUGUUGAUUUAAAGUGAGUUCAAAUGUAACCACCUUAUAAUAAAAUUGAUUUAAUCAAAUGUGUUCAGUUCUCCAUUUGCUACAAAAACACUGUACAUGUUGAUUGUGUGCAAUAGAUUUGUGCUUUGUAAUGAAAACAAGGAAAUUAUUGUAUACACAGCCUCCACUGUUGUGCUGCUGUUGAUUUUUGUAAUUUAAUUUCUAUUCUAAUGAUGAUAUUAACAAUUUCUUUGUUUUUUUAACUAGCCAAAGGGUUGUUUAUUUAUCUUGGACAGAUACUUAACAACUGAUGUAAAAAUAAAGAUAAAGCAUGAAUUGGCAAUUUGUCUGUACCUUAUUGUAAAAUCUGGUUGCAGAAAGCAUAUACGGUGUGAUAAUUAAUAUUCCAAUACUUUAAAUAAACUGCAAG